ACCAUAUUGGUUACUUCUCCAUCUUAUUUUCCUUUCUACACUUUUUUGUACACACUAAACAUAUGAAGAAAAUUGAAUACUCAAUUAAGACAACAUCUUGUUCACAAGACAACACCUGCGAUCAUUCUCAAAGCCACCCACAAGGCCAUAGCAUCGCAUUCAGUACUACGUUCACAUUGAAAAUGAAGGAGAGGUGAGAAGGUGCAGCACGAAUCCACAUUGUCCACUGAAUCUAGCCACUAGCCCCAACCCUAUAUAAUCUCACCUUCUCUUCCAACAAAUUUCAACACUCCUCAAUCCUCAUUCAAACACUCCACUCACAUGGCGAGAAAAUGCAGCACCAACACCAUGGAUCCAAACAGCGGUUUCAACUCCGCUUCCAGAACCUUCCACAGCCUCAGACCCCCACUUAACCUCCCUCCACCCUCCGCCACCCUCUCCGCCGCAGCCUACACUCUCUCCCUCCGCCGCAACUCGCCCUGGUCAGACUCAGAAAUCGCCCUGAUAGACUCAGCCACGAGUCACCAACUCACAUACUCUGAUUUCAUCCAACGUUCACAAAACCUCGCUUCCAACCUCGCUAACCUCCACGGACUCACCAAAGGUCACACCGCGUUCAUUCUCUCACCGAAUCUCACGCAAGUCCCGAUCCUCUACUUCGCGCUACUCUCAAUCGGCGUGGUCCUCUCUCCGGCGAAUCCAGCCUCCACGCGCUCCGAGAUUUCGCAUUUGCUCGCGCUCUCGAAACCGGUCAUCGCAUUUGCGACGUCGUUUUCUGCUCACAAGCUCCCAAACCUCCCAUUGAGAACGAUUCUCCUUGACUCGCCCGAGUUCGACUCGCUCAUGACGGCGGUCGCUUCCUUGGCCGCGCCGCCGGCCGAGGAAGUCAGACAGUCCGACUUGGCUGUGGUUUUGUACUCGUCCGGGACCACCGGGAAGGCGAAGGGAGUGAUGCUCACGCACCGGAACCUGACGGCGGCGAUGGCGGCGUACGACGCAGUUCGCGUGCAGACGGAGAGGCCCGCGGUGUUUCUGCACACAGUGCCGUAUUUCCACGUGUACGGGUUCACGAGUGUGAUGAGGUCGGUGAUGAUGGUGGAUACGGUGGUGGUGAUGGGGAGGUUUUCUUUGGGGAAGAUGCUGGCGGCGGUGGAGAGGUUUGGGGUGACGAACCUUUCGACGGCGCCGCCGUUGGUGGUUGCGAUGAGCAAGGAGGGGGUGACGGAGGGGUAUGACUUGACGUCGUUGAAAGGCAUCUCUUGUGGCGGCGCUCCGCUUGGAAAGGAGACCGUCGCGGCUUUCAAAUCGAAGUUCCCCGGAACACUGCUGGUUCAGGGAUAUGGAUUAACUGAAUCAACGGCUGGAAUCAUCAGAACAACAGGUCCGGUGGAGGCCAGCCAGCCAGGAACAACAGGCAGGCUACUAGCCGGAAUUGAAGCGAAAAUAGUGAACACCGAGACAGGAGAGGCCAUGUCUCCUGGUGAACAAGGGGAACUCUGGCUUAGAGGACCACUAAUUAUGAAAGGUUAUGUUGGUGAUCCAGAGGCAAAUUCUGCUACUUUGGUGGACGGGUGGCUGAGGACUGGGGAUCUCUGCUAUUUUGACAAUGAAGGUUUUAUGUAUGUUGUGGACAGGUUGAAGGAAUUGAUCAAAUACAAAGGAUACCAGGUUGCUCCUGCAGAGCUAGAACAUUUGCUCCAGUCACACCCAGAUAUAAAGGAUGUUGCAGUUAUUCCAUACCCUGAUGAAGAUGCUGGCCAAGUGCCUAUGGCUUUUGUAGUGAGACAGCCACAAAGUUCCAUUGGCGAAGCAGAAAUAAUAGAAUUUGUAGCCAAACAGGUGGCACCAUACAAGAAAAUAAGACGUGUAGCAUUUGUCGAUUCCAUACCAAAGAAUGCAACUGGAAAGAUUCUAAGAAAGGACUUAAGUAAAAUUGUCCUCCAACAAUCUUACUCUAGGUUGUAAUGCCUUACAAGGCAAACUGUUUCCAUUUUCCGCUAAAAUUAGCUGGUAGUUAAGUAAUUUAAAACAAAUGAUUCGUCUAAAUAUUCAAGUGAACCUUGCAUACUCAAAGCUCACCAAGUAAUACGAGGUUACGAGGAUCAAGUAA